AAUGUCUGGAAUGGAGUGAAUGGAAUGGGAUCAACCACAUGGAAAACAUGUUUGAUAUGUUCCAUACCAUGCAUUAAUUAGGUUCCAGCCAUUACUUUGAGCCUGUCUUACCUAAUUAAGGUACCACCGGCCACCUGUGGUGGCUACAGGGGGAGACUGCAGGGUUCAACCCUAACACCCUUCAAAACUAGCUGUCUUGCAUGGGUUGCUCACUGAUGAUGAUGGUUAAGAACACCAUGCUGUCUAUCCAUGGGAAAGAGAUGGAUAUGUUUCUCACAUGUGCUUAGAGUUGCAUUAACAUGGAGUCAUGGAUGUAUAGCCUCUCCUGGUACUUGAGAAAAGAUUGGUGAUGUGGACUUUUUGUAUUUUUUCUUCUGUAACCUUUAAUUAACUAGGCAAGUCAGUUAAGAACAAAUUCUUAUUUACAAUGACGGCCUACAGGUGAAUAUACUGAAUCCACACAAGUGCGUCGAGGGUAAAGACACAUUAGACAUUCAUAAAUGUGUCUCUGCAGUACGCUAGUACUUUGACACACUCAGGUGUGAGGCAUAGUGCACUACACCCGAACAUUCCGCAAGGCGUGGUCCAUUCUGGUCCUCUUCAGAGUGCUCUGAGCAUGUAGGGAACAGAAUGCUAGUAGUUAUCAUAGGCUUAGUCCCCAGUAGCUAGCUACUCUCAGAAGAAUGCUUAUAGGUUGAUUUAGCGACUGUUUAACUCCUCAUCCUGUCACCAAGUUAUGAAUGGGAGCUGUGAAACAUUCCUCUACUGAAUCAUGUUACGCAAUCCCAGAUGGUACCACUUUGACCUGUCCCGCCAUGCUGCUGAAGCUCUCCUCCUAUCCAAUGGGAAAGAUGGCAGCUAUCUCCUCCGAAACAGUCAUGAGGGUUCUGGCAGCUUUGCCCUCUCUGUCAGAGCCAAGGAUUCAGUUAAACAUUUCCAUGUGACACGGAAAAGCAGUGGAUACGCUUUUGGCUUCAAUGAGUUUGCGUCCCUCCAGGACUUUGUCAGCCAUUUUGCCAACCAGCCUCUGCUGGGCAGUGAGACAGGUACCCUCAUUGUCCUUAAAUGCCCAUAUCCAUGGCGUGUAGAAGAACCAUCCAUCUAUGAGUCUGUGCGGGUUCACACCGCCAUGCAGACAGGACGAACAGAGAGCGACCUGGUGGCUAACGCUCCAUCGUUUGGAACAAAGGAGGGCUAUCUGGUAAAGUUAGGAGCAGUCGUAAAGAACUGGAAGCAGAGGUGGUUCACAUUAAACAGAAAUGAGCUCAAAUACUUUAAGGACAAAAUGUUUGAUGAGCCUAUUCGCACCCUGGAUCUGACAGCAUGCUCUGCAGUCCAGUUUGACUACUCCAAGGACAGAGUCAACUGCUUCUGUUUGGUGUUCCCUGAGAGGACAUUUUAUCUGUGUGCCAAGAGUGGUGUGGAGGCAGAUGAGUGGAUCAAGAUAAUACGAUGGAAACUGUCACACAUAAGAAAAGAAAGAUGACAACAUGAAGAGGAGGAGCCAAAAGAGGCAUAUUCUCACAGUGAACUAAAUUACCUUAAGUCUGGUAACUUGUCACUCAUGUUAUCCUCAGAGAUCAUUUCUGCUCCACAGAUGACUGGCUGGUAAUCCAAGACAAAAGACAAUGGGUCUCUUUGACCAUCGAAAAUUGACCAUGUAAUUUUCAGGACAUGCACAAUGUUUUGGAUCUAAUCGUAUUUUUUUGCGAUAGACUUGAGUUCCUCCAAGAAUUUUAUUUUCUCUAGAUUGAUAUCUUUCACUGGUUGACAUUCACUUGAUCUUAAUUUUACUUAACAAGAUGUAACAGUCAUACUGUGAAUAAAUAUUUAUUUUAAUAGAGAAAUGAGCAACAUAUGAGUCAGUUUAUUAAUUACAAACAUGAGAAAGGAAGGGGUUACAUUCAAGUACUAGAAAAGUAAGGCAACAAACACAGCAUCAUGACACUAACAUGUACUGUAUAUAUGUCUUUCAGCAACAGAGCUCUCUGUAUGUGUGGGUGCGUGUGCAUGAUAGAGAUAUUAAAAAUAUGUAAUAGUUUCA